AUGUCUACAGAAAUUGAACGCCUCCAGCGCCUCCUUGCAAACGCUGAACAGCAGCUUUCAGCAUCCCAGCAGCGACUAUCAAAAACCAAUCUUCCUACAUUCCUCGAUGGCCUCCACAGAUACCUCUUUCUCGGUCUCGAGGUCCAGCCCGAUGAAACUCAGUCCACACGCGGAGACCCAACUAAUACCACCAACAUGCUUCGUCCCCGAAAACUCAAAGCAUGGGAUACAUUUGAAAGAGAACAAGAGGAGGUUUGGCAGUUGCUGAUGGAAUCUUCGAUUGUUGAAGAUAAAUUAUUCACUUCUCUCCAUACCUUGGAAGAAAUGGGCGAAAGCAUUCGGCAGCGAUUGAUCGGCUCCGAACUCGAUCUCAACCACUUUCUUCGCCAGACAGUUGAGGACCACGUUUCGAAAAUCAUCGAAGAGCUCUACAGGGAUCCAGUCCUCCGCCGAAAAUUCGAUUUACGAGGGUCCAUCCGCUUUGAGAACCAUUCCAAUACCCUAAGUCCGGAACAGGAGCUAGAAGAAGGCCUGCAAAGCAUAGAUAUCCGCGGUCGCUCUACAAGACGACGGUCACCACGGAUAGCCGCCAAGGAACAAAGCCGAUCUCACACGAAUACAGGCGAACCAAAAACACCAAAGCCGAAAACGACUAAGCGGCCUCGUGCCGAUCAGUUCUGUAUCUACAAUAUCCCAAAUGAAUCAUCGGAAUCAGCUCAUCGUGUCGCAGCAUACGUCAAAGAGUAUAAGUCUCCGCACAAAGUCAAAUUAGGCUUAAUCUAUGGGGGACUUGAUAACAUAGAUGUCGACGAACUUAUGACGCAGAAUGACAACGAGCCUUCAACAGUCCGGCUCCAGCGAGCAGUUCUGGGACUUCUCUCGCAGCCUUUUAGCUAUAUGGUUCAUGCUCGUACCCAAGUGGGAGUCUUCAGCACUGGCGAAGUAGAUAUCUAUCUGCGCAUCGGCGAAGAUCCUUCAACCCUCUUUUAUUACCUCUCUGUUCCAAAGGGAGACGUUGGAGACGAAACCGGGUGGGAUCCUUAUUCAAAUCACCCGAAUCGUCUACACUUGACCGCCGUGGGUCGGUCUCUUGCUUUUACCCUCCAAGCGCUCAAGUUGCAACAGCGGAGCCAGGCCUGGGGGUUACAUGCAGCAAGUAGCUUACCGAAGUGGGAAAUUGUACUUGGAGAUGCUUUGGACGACAUCGCAGAUGAGGAAAUUCCAUCGUCUGAAUACCGCCCUUCAAGAACAGAAAGUUUUGUUCGGUCUCCAAUACAGUUACGUCGCAGGAGACAUGAAUCUACUUCUGAAAAUUGUCGACCACCAGAACGGUGGGGAGACUCUGAAGACGAGGAAGGUGAUCCCCAUACGCCGAGCCGGACUCAGCCUCUUCCACGUGAUUCUAAAAGGGCUAAACCGGAGUCUCAUCGCCUGAAAUCAUCCACAACUUCACAGAGCUCACAGGAAAACAAGCGACGCUACUGUACGCUGAGGUGCCUACGCGGGAUGGUGAAAGGCCGUGGGGAAGAUCUGGAUCAGGCGUGUCCCAACGUCCAUGAUCAUGGAAGAACCUGCCACACUAUUGAUUCCAAAACCUUCUUGAACGAAUUAAAGCGUCAGCUGUCGCAGACCAUCAAUGCAGACUGCGAAACACUCGGUAUACAUGGUUCUCGGGGUGCUCUUCUCAAAGUAACGCUUUCCUCGCUGGGAUACACUGUCCCUGCAAAGUGCACAGAGUUCCGCGAUCACCUUACACAUGAGGCUGCUAUAUACAAUAAACUCCGUUCAAUCCAAGGCCAGUAUGUUCCUAUCUAUUUCGGAAGUAUCGACUUGGAUCACCCCUACAGCUACGAUGGGAUUGCCUACCUUAGGCAUAUGAUGCUAUUAACUCCCGGUGGGCAAUCCCUCGACCACUCGCUCAGCGAAAUGGAUCGCGACUUGCUUGUCUCCAAAAUCAAGGAAUCAAUUUCAGCUAUCCAUUCUUUAGGUGUCAUUCAUAAUGACCCCGCGCCAAGGAAUUGGAAGUAUAACAAAGAAACAGAUAGUGUGGUUUUUUUUGACUUUGAACGGGCGGAAACUAUCAAGCAACGGCCAAUACUGGGUAUAAUCUCGCCGAAUCGGAAACGUAAACGAAAUGAUGUCGAUACUAAGCAAAAACGCUUGAAGAAAGGAUUUGUGGAGGAGACCAACCGGGCAGUGUAUGAGUUGAAGUGCUUACCUGUCUGCAGAUCUAGGUAUUAG